CCCUCGGACGUGAUUUAUAAUGUUAUAGUCGGCGGUUAUAUUGUCGAGUGCGGAUUAAAUUCUAAAGCUAAAUGUCAACGGAAUGAGGAUUCUCUCCCGGACCGCGCAUGCGCACUGCGGACAUAAAAAUCGAGCCGCCUUUCCGUCCCCGCCAACUGGCAUCGCAGGGUCUACUCCCAAUCUACCCCGACUUCAUCUGCCCGGCUCUUUCAACGCCGCCCGUGGCUCAAUGGAGACGUUACAUCGCACGGGAAACGAUUCUCUACUCCUGCUGCCUUCUCUUCGCCUCUUCAUCCCGCAACUGCGCCUGGUGUCGGCUGCCAUGUGGCAGGUGGUGCAGCGGGCGGACGUGCAGGACUAUGGCAUGGUGGAGGAGUUUGUCGGCACAGUGACCGACAUUUUGCCGGAACUUUUGAACGCCGAUCAGAAGGCUCAGCUGAUGCUGGGCCUGAGAGCGCGGGUGGUUCUUGAAUUGUGUCGGGCUGAGGCGGAACCAGAAAGAGAAGCCCUCGAGAUGCAUCUGGCCAGGAUCAAAACACUAAUAUCCACUUGGGCGGCACAGCCGUGCUUUGCAGAAGUCCAGUUUUCGGAGUCCAAUUUUGUGGACCAGAUUGAGUUGCUAAUCAAAGACCCCGAAGAGAGGACUAAAUUUUUCCAGGAUGUGUUUCCCACCGCUUUUGGACACGAUUAUGACAGUGCUCUCCAGGUGCUGAUGCUGGACUUCCUGUCCAGAUUUGAGAAGUUUCUACCCGUGCCAGAUAUCCAGCAGACGGCCGCCAUGCUCAGUGCUGCACCAUCCGCCCUGGAGGAGUGCGUCCACUCAGUUCCCGACCUGCAUCACUUGAAAGCGGUCCUCCUGCACCACACGACGCUGGGACAUUACGACUUAACCGAUGAUACGCAGACCAUUCCGUCCUCAUUCGGGAACUGCAUCCUGUCCUCGCUGUCCCUCCCCCAGCUGGAGAAGGUGGUCAUCGAUGGCGAUCAAAUCCAGCUGCAGCCUCCGCCCGAGCAAAUAUCAGGCUGCAUGACCGUCCAGGUGGAGGGCGAGACCGUAACCCUUUUAGACUACAUACACCUUGAGCAGAUGCCCGCUUUGAUGGAGCCCACCCCUCAGGAGGAGUCCCCAAACGAGGAGGAUGAGGCAGAAAGCGAGGAAGCGGACGGCGACGACGACGACGACUCCAUGAAGCCGGCAGCUUUUCAACCGCUCAAACAGAGCACGCGACUGGAGCUGAAGAGGAAAGCCGUGUCGGACAGAGACGUGGACUCCGAGGCAGCCAAGCGGCAAAGGAAGAAGCACCCGGGUAACAAGACGUGUCCCGUGUGCGGCAAGAACUUCCUCAGAGCCGCGGCCAUGAGGCGACACCAGGAGACGCACUCUGAGAACCGGGACCUGAGGUACAAGUGCGCCCACUGCGACAAGCGCUUCAGGGACCAGUACGACAUGAACCGCCACAACAUGCGCGUCCACGAGAGAGAAGAACCAAACUCCACCACCGAAGACGUGGUGGAGCCGGGCUCUCUGGAGAUGUUGGACAACAAAAACUGUUCCCUGUGUGGGAAGUUCUUUGCUCGGCAGGUGGACAUGGAGCGCCACAUGAAGUCCCACUCGGAGGACCGCCCCUACAAGUGCUUAUUCUGUGAGAAAAGGUUCAAGAACCCGUACGUGCUCAAAAGGCAUCAGAAGGAGAUUUGCAAGAGCAAGGAGCUGAAGAGCUCCGUGGUGAAGAAGUGCGACGAGCAGCCGUCUGACUCGCCGCUGCUGCCCUUAGAAGGCUCGCCUGAAGGUAAAGUGUGUCCCAUCUGCAGCAGGACGCUGCCUUGCAGCGCGGACAUCGCCAAGCACCUUCGUUCUCACACCCAGGAGCGUCCCUUCAUCUGCGUCACCUGCGACAAGGGCUUCAAGUACCGCGACACGCUCAAGAAGCACCAGAUCAUCCACGGGCACGAGGGUGUGCGCGAGGAGGCCAGCAAGAGCGUGGAACAGAUCCUGGCCGAGGCAGACGCGCAGACGUGCAGCGAGAGCCAGAAGAACCCGGAAGAAGCCCAGCCUCAGAAAGCUCCUCCUCAAAGAGCUCGUAGCAAAGCCCUCAAAGUGUGUCCCGUGUGCUCCAGAGCCUUCGACAACGUCAAGACGCUCAACCGCCACAUUCAGUGCCACACGGAGGAGCGGCCGUACCACUGCGUGCACUGCAAGAAGCGCUUCAAGCACAUGCACGGCCUCAAGAGGCACCAGAUCUACGCCAUCUGCCACAAGAAAAUGUCCCGCUUCUCCUGGAUGAAGGAGGUCACGGCCGGGCCCAGCCAGAGUGACGGCCAGCAAGCCCCGCCCCUCCAGAUCCCCGUGUGGUGUUCGAACUGCGGCAAGCACUUUGAGUUCCUCUCCGCCCUGAAGGAGCACCAGGAGAAGGUCUGCAAGGUGGACCUGAGGGACGUCAUGACGUGCCACGACUGCGGGAAGGAGUUCAAGAGCGUGACCAUGCUGAAGGUGCAUCAGAGGAUCCACGACCCGCUCUACUGCAAAGAGUGCGGCAAGAUCCUCGCCAGCGAGGCGGCCUUCGAGAGGCACAAGCUGAUGCACCGGCCCAUGGCGUGCACCAUGUGCGACAAGACCUUCACGCUGCUGCGGCGCCUCAGGGAGCACUACGAGAAGCAGCACGCCUUCACCGGGCCGUAUCCCUGCUCGCAGUGCGACAAGAGCUUCGUGCAGCUCUCCUACCUCGCCAUCCACCAAAGGAUCCACAAGGGGGAGUUCCCCUUCGCCUGCGACAUGUGCCCCGAGAAGUUCCGCUCGUCCAACUGCCUGACGGUCCACCAGCGCAAGCACACGGGCGAGAAGCCCUUCCUGUGCUGGCAGUGCGGCAAGUGCUACCGCUCGGCCUCCGAGCUCACCGUGCACAUGGGGACGCACUCGGAGGAGCGGCCGUGGGCGUGCGCGCAGUGCGACAUGGCGUACCGCACCAAGCUGCAGCUCACCAACCACGUGGAGCAGGUGCACAUCGGCGUGCGCUACCCCUGCAACAGCUGCGGCAAGCAGUUCAUGAAGGAGACGUCCCUGAAGCGCCACGAGCUCAUCCACACCGGCGAGCGGCCGCACCAGUGCACCGUGUGCGGCAAGACCUUCCUGACCGCCAACGAGCUCCGCCUCCACAACCGCUACCACACGGGCGAGCGGCCGUACAAGUGCGACGUGUGCGGGAAGGCCUUCAUCCAGUCGGGGUACCUCAAGUCGCACAUGCGCAUCCACACGGGGGAGAAGCCGUUCAAAUGCGAAGUGUGCAACAAGGGCUUCCGGCUGUCGUACCACAUGAAGAAGCACCGCCGCACGCACGCCGGCAAAGCCAAAAGCUACACGUGCGAGGAGUGCGGCGUGUCCUUCCUCCAUAAAAAGUCCCUGUGGGAACACUGCGUCACGCACGAGGUCAAGCUGGAACAUUCCUUCACGGAGGUCAGACUUGAGUUUCAGUAGAAGCAUCAACUGCUGUUAUUUACCCAUAAUGCCUUACUGUCUACUUUUUAUCCUUUAUGCUCACAAAGUUACCUGAUGGAAUAUCUGCGUCUAUUCAGUUUUGUUUUCAACUAACUUGUAAUAUUUAAAGCUGUGUGGGGAAAAAAAAAAACAGCACAUUUUACAAUAAACUAUACAAGCAUUCA